AUGGCCUCUGCUGUUGGAAUCAAACUUACCAGCCUUAAGGAAUGUUUGAUUUUCCUGAACUGGUUGUAUGAGAGGGAGGGGAAGCGUAAACUUGACCAGGUAGCCAACAAACUUCAUGAGCGUCUUAAACCAUAUUAUAAGGAUCUAGACUACCGUAAAAUUAAGUCCUCAUUGUCUACUUUUAUGACCACCACGGAUCACUUUUACAAAAGAUUAGUAAAAGCGCACGUUCCUACGCAGUUACAUAGCAACAAUAACUCAAUGCCCCGUGACCCCAAUGUUGAUCAAGUAGUUGACGCUCUCCUCGAGUGUAUUCCCAAAUUCCUUGCCGCGAUGUACUAUCUUUGGUACGAUGUUAAUGCGACUUUCGAUAAUCUUGGUGGCGGAGGGUGGAAGAAUGAUUAUCCUGGGUAUGAGAAGCAUUGGUAUACGGGUCACUAUGGUGGCGACUUGCAAAAAUAUCUCAGAUCUACAAACCCCAAUGAUUACGGCGGGACUAUACCCGGAGGCUUCGGUGAAAACGAAGUGAAAUACGCUGAAUAUUACACCGGCUACUACCAGGGUUUGCAUAUGGCUUUGGAUCUUAAAUCCCUUUUGGACAAAAAUUCUAGUAAGUACAAUCUUUUCCGUGAUAUCUUCGCAACAUCAGUUGUUCCUGCUUCCGGAAACCAUAAGGCGAACACUGCUAAUGUACUUGCAUUGGUGAAAGCGUUUUGUCAGGUUGUUGAAAAUGACUCUGAUGGUUCUAAAUUAAUAAAAGUUGUGCAAAAACCAGAGACAUGCAUCAAUUGGCCCGAAUUAAAAAAACAUUGCACCGCGCUUAGAGGAAAAAUUGACAAAUUGUUCACCAGGCGCUUCUUUGAUCACACCGGUCAGUCCAUAAACCCUAAGCACAUUAAUGCGGAAAAGUUUGCAGAAACAACAGCGAAUUGGUUGAGAGAAAAUCUCGGGACGGUGCGAAGCAAAUUGGAGCGCAUUAACACGAAAGACGCCGCCGUCAACGCACCAAAUAGCCGCAAUCUCGGAGCAUAUUUCACCAACAAUCUUUUCCCCUACGGCUUCGUGUUUGAAGCCAACCACCACCUAUGGAAUGGUAAUAAUUCAAAAGCUCUGCUGCAAAGGUGGCGUGAAGUGAUAGAGAUGCUUAGUAAAGACGAUGAGGCAAGCGGUGGACUAAAAAAGCUAAUUAAACUUUUGAAUGGAGACGAUUGUCCUGCGGUCACGAAGACGAAGGCAACGAAACCUAAUGUAGUAACUCCAUCUGUUGAGGGAGGCGUAAAGUCUGCGCCGAAAAGUGCUGCCAAAACUCCACAGACCGCCAGGCCUGUGGUCACCAAAGCCGAGGCGGCGAAGCCGGUUGCCACUAAAACUGAAGCUGCGAAACCUGUGGCCACCAAGACUGAAGCGACCAAGCCGGUGGUAAACCAAGAGGGAACGUCUCGGAAUCAAAAUAGUGGUCGAAGCGACGGGAAGCCUACAACUUCAUCAGUUGAAACAUCUUCUUCAUCUCUGUCUUCAGGCAGUGCAGGAGCGUCAGGGCCGACAGGAACUCAAGGUGGGAAAGGCCAGAAAGGGCCCGGUAGUACCACGUCUACAACAUCUACACCUAAAAGUACUGUUACAUCUCAAAAGACUUCAUCUCAACAAUCAUCGUCUCCCCCUCAAGCCUCUCUCCCCAGUGCUCCUGCGGCCCCUGGCUCCCCUAGUAAGCCAGGUGUUACGAGUAAGGGUUCAGAUGGCGGUGGUGGUCCGGGUCAAAAGUCUGGUGGAUCUUCACAGCCUGGACAACAUCAGUUGCCAAGUGUUUCACCCCCACGCUCUCCGUCAUCUAAUGCCUCUUCUCCGGGUCAGGGUCAGGGCAAGAGUGGGCCGGCGGAUUCAUCUGGGUUUGGUACACAAGGUGGACAGGAUCAGGGUUCACAGGGCGGUGAUCAUAAAGGUCAACAGCCUGAUUCCGCUUCAUCAUCUGUCCAAUCUCAGGCUCCUGGUGUUCAACGUUCAGGUGCUGCGUCAUCUGGUGCCUCUGUUCCGGGUCAGGGGUCUUCUACUGACGCUGAUCCAAAAGGUGGUAAGGGUAAGGGUUCACCGGGCGGUACUCUUACAACUCAACAGACUGUUGUCACUUCACCUCCUGGACAACGUCAGGCUCCAAGUGGCACGAGCCAAGUCACUCAGUCAACUGGUGCCUCUGGUACCGGUGGUGGUCAGGGGUCUGCUUCUGUGCCUGGUAAACCAGGUGCUAAGGGGCAGGGUGCAAAUGGCGGUGGUAAUGCAGGUACGCAGCCUGGUAUCUCUGCACCUCCUGGACAACCUCCGACUACAGCUGUUCAAUCCCCUGCUUCACCUCAGUCUCCAGGUGUUCACCCUCCAACACCUCCGUCAUCCAGUGCCCCUGCUCCCGGUGGUAGUCAGGGAACGAGUGACCAGGCGACCACUUCUGGCACCACUCAACAGAAUGAUCAAAGUACAUCGCAUACUUCUACAGCCGCUACUACUACGACUUCCGCUGGUUCGGGUGGCGGUGGAGGUGGUCAGGGACAAACGUUUGCUGCAACUGAUGCACAAACUGUUAUAAAUUCACCAAGAAGUCCUCAAAUACAUUCGUUUCCUCCUCCAGAGAUUGAUGUGAUAUACGGACCGCAAAAAAUAUCUGAAAACUUGGAGGAGGCAUAUCGUAAGGUUUUACAGAAAAACAUGAAAUCUGUUCCGCCAAAUCUAUCGAUUGAGAUCACUAAGCCUCCGACGAGUGACACAGAUAACUCUAAAGACGCACCGUUGGUCGUUCUUCAUGAUCCAACUGAGUUCGGUCUUGGUGGUGCAGUCGCCUCUGAUGAAGAUGAACCAGUUGUGCUCGGUGUUGGAGGGGAACCAAUAACAAGUGACUCUGAUGUGUUUAAACAGCAACAUAUUGCAGAGAUCCAGGAUGUCCACCAGAAAUUAUACGAAAAGCAAAAAGCUGAGGAUCUAGAACUUAAAAAGGCGUUAGAAGCCGGAGCAAAGCGGCAACAUCAGGAUACAUUAUGGAGCGAAAACAUGGACGAUGUAUUGCGAAAAGAAGAGGAAACGGAAGAAAUGCGUAAAAAUCUCCAGGAUGAUACCCUUGGAGAAGUUGUAAAAAUUCCUUUCAAUACUAAGAUAUGUGCUCCUGAGAACAUUAUACAACGUGCAGUUCACGGUUUUAAUACAUACCCUCCACCUAUCAUCGAUAUUAGAGCUGUUGACUCGAAGAACAUCUACAGUAUCCCGGAUGGGUCUAACAAGUUGGUUAAUGUCCCAGAUCCAAAACAGUUGCCCACAUUAGACAUUAUUAGAGCCUAUAUUCCACGGUCCUAUGACAUCAACCCCCCCAACAUUAGUCAGGAUGAAUAUAAUUCAGCUGCGUCUCCAGUGUUAUUUGAUAUCACCAAGCCGACAAGACCCACAGAUGAAGACGAUGAUGACAAAAGUUUCCAGCACAUGGAUGACGUAAAAUCCGUGCUAAUUGGCGUGAAUCCAGCCUACGAAGUUAUUGAUGAUGGUUUGGAGAUCUCAAAAGUAACGCACACUGAUGCAGAAGAAACUGUUGAUUUAUUUAUCGAAACACUUAAUACCGCGCCUUCUCAGCCUCUUCAUGAUUAUGACCCUGAAAACAUUCCCAUGAUUAAAGUACAGGCCGACCACACACGUGACGGCCUGGAUGAUUUUUCUAUGGGAGAUGCAGACCGCUCAGACAUUAAUAUUCCAAUGGCCGUAUUCCCCGACCAAUCUCCGGAUGAUUUAAAUACACAAACCUGCCAAAACCCUUGGUAUGUUACCCCUUCCUCCACUUCUCCCACCUCACCACCUGCCUCCCGUCCCCCAGAGUCCGACCAUCUGCCUCCGCCCAGAACCGUCCGAGAGAUGCUCUACUGGUUUGUCGGCUUGAAUACAUAUGGAUAUAUUGGCAUCAUUAGAGAACAUGUUUACAGUUUUUUGAAGCGUUUUAAAAAUGAUGCCAUCGACGUCACCCUUGAACCUUACACUCUGGACGCUUCCCAUGUCGCCGAUAAACUGACAGAGGCAUGUCUCUACGCAGCACACGUACUUUUCAGGAUUCGAUAUAAAGGCUCUUCUGACGCUUAUGAAACAUUUUUUAAAGAUCAAGAUAAAUAUGCUUAUUACUAUUCCCCCGACCCAGCCUGCCUCCUCUGCCAGCUGCGUGACUACGCCUACGCCUGCCACCACCAGUUGGAGUUCCUGAAGUCGCAGUGUGAGAGGGACAAACUAAGUGGUGGUUGGCAGAAUUGUAACUAUGGCAGUGAUCCCAAGAAGCCAUCUCCCCUCCAGGCCUUUCUUACCGACGCCUACGACUCCACCUUCAAGACGCACCUCUUCGACCCGUGCAACCUGUGCCUCAAGAGCAGGGUCAGGAUGGGAUUUCAGAGAGGGGAUUUGCCUAAGACAUCGCAACAGGGCAGUGUCAUUUCCUCCAUCAUCACUCCCAGCUGCGGCGGUGAGGACCCCUUGCUGACGCUGUCCUCCUACCUCAUCUGCCUCACCAGGCGGACGCCACGCACCACCGGGGAGCUCGUAUCGUACUUCCACAAUUUCGGGAAUGAGAUGCAUGAUGCGUUUUCAAAGUCAUUGCUUCCACUGGGCUCAUCCCUCUCCACUCCACAUCUCGACUGCCCUGACUGGGAUCAUAUUGAUCGCAUCGGCCUCCAAGCUGUCCGUGGCAUCCGGGGUACAGAGUCUCUCAACUCCAUCUCCAAUCACAACCACGACAAAGACCAUCCCCGUACCCUGUCCACACUGGUCGGCUGCGGCAGUGACCCUGACAACUGCCAUCCACACUGCUCACCCAUCACGUACCGGGCGUACGCCCUGUACUCCCAGCGCUUCGCCCACACCUACCUCAGCUGGACGGUGUACUUACCAGACAGACUGCGGGAGUCACUUCAAAAACUGCACUAUGCUCUCAAGAAGCAUGUUAGUAUCAAGUGUUCAUACCUCCACUUAUGCCCCGAUGCCCUGCCCCUCCUCUACCUACACGGGUUCACGCCGCCGGAGGUGGGAUCGCAGCAACAACUCAAGUGCUCAGAUGUCAUCGAAAAGUUGCAGGAAAUUGUCAACGGUGGGCCUAUCGCAUCACUCAUGACUGCCAUGGACAAUUUCCUCUACGGUAUCCGGGAGCCAUUCAUCUUCACCCUCGUGGCACUCUGGUCUCUCGCAUUACUCAUCUGUGCCAACACAAUGCUAUACCGCCUGGACGUGCUUCACAUCCGAUCACACCUUAUCCGCUCCAAGGCUUCUCACCGCAUGGAUGUCAAGGCCUUACUCACGAAAGGCCGGAAGAUGCUCUCACUCUACAAAGACGUCGACUACUUCGACGAGGACCCUAUUGUCCAACUUGGUUUCUAA